GGUCCCUCGGCUGCGCUCGCGGUGAGCGGAGCCGGAGGUCGCUGAGACCCGUCGGCGGGUGAUUUACCGUGUCGUGGGCGUGGGACUCAGGCAGGAUGCGGGGCGGGGACUGGAAGGUGGCUGGUGGUGAAGGAAAGGGCCUUGCCAGAGAUGGACAGCCGGAUUCCUUAUGAUGACUACCCAGUGGUUUUCCUGCCUGCCUAUGAGAAUCCCCCAGCGUGGAUCCCUCCUCACGAGAGGGUAUACCACCCAGACUACAACAAUGAGUUGACCCAGUUUCUGCCCCGAAUUGUCACACUGAAGAAGCCCCCUGGAGCUCAGUUGGGAUUUAACAUCCGAGGAGGAAAGGCCUCCCAGCUAGGCAUCUUCAUCUCCAAGGUGAUUCCUGACUCUGAUGCACAUCGAGCAGGACUUCAGGAAGGGGACCAAGUCCUAGCGGUGAAUGACGUGGAUUUCCAAGACAUUGAGCAUAGCAAGGCCGUUGAGAUCUUGAAGACUGCCCGUGAAAUCAGCAUGCGCGUCCGCUUCUUUCCCUACAAUUAUCAUCGCCAAAAAGAGAGGACUGUGCACUAGAGAGUUGCAACCCCUAGCCCUCCACAUGGAAUCUUCUAGGACAAGCUGGCCAGGCCUCAGGAAAGCCACUUGGGAAACUGUACUCUAAGCCCCACCCGGGCAUAGUGGUGUGGGGAGGAUGGGAAGACAGGAAGGCCAGGCACUGAGCCAGCUAGCCAAGUGCAUUACUCAAACUACUGCUCUUUUUAGUUCCCUGCUUUUCUGGUGACCUUCACUCCCUGAGAGGAGAAGGAGGAUGAUGUCUGGAUAGAGCCCAGCUUGUGGAGAACCCUGCUAGAAAAGGCAACUGACAUUUAUUGAAUACCAUGUGCUAGGCAAUUACACAUAUGUCAUAUUAUUUUCAUUAGAGUAUAGAAAAAAGAAUCUUGGAGACCUUGAUCUAAUCUUGCUGGCUAUCUCAUCCCACACAUCUUUGCAGUACCAGUCUCAUACACUUUGGAGACCCCAGUGGGACCCUGUUUUUCCUCCUUUCCCUCCUCCUUCUAUACUCUCCCCUAAAAAGUAAAACACGAUGCUGAAGAAA